CCGCGCAGUCCGCCGUCCGCGGCGCGUCGCAGCAUGGCCGGCCUGGGGCGUACGGGUCCGGGGCCGCGCGCUGCGAUGCCCGCCUGGAAGCGCGAGGUCCUGGAGCGGAAGCGGGCCAAGCUGGCCGCGCUGGGCGGCGGGGCGGCGGAGCGCACGGGCGCGGCCGAGCCGUGCGUGCUGGCCGAGAGCCUGGGCCCGCUGCGCGAGAACCCGUUCAUGCGGCUGGAGUCGGAGCGCCGGCGCGGCGCGGCGGGGGCGCGGCCGCUGCUGGAGCGCUACCGCCGAGUGCCGGGCGUGCGCACCAUCCGCGCCGACAACAUCAUCAUCAUCGAGACGGCGCCCGACUGCCCGCCCGCCCCGCCGCCUGGCGGGGCCGCCCGCAUCCGCGCCGCCGAGGUGCUGGUGUACGAGGCGCCGCCGCCUCCCGGACGCGUCAGCCGCCUGCUGGAGAAGUUCGACCCGCCGGCCGCGCCGCGCCGCCGCGGGAGCGCCGAGCGCGCGCGUCCCCCGCCGCCGCCUCCCGCGGCCCGCCCGCACCCGCCUGCCCCGCGUGGGCGAGCGCGCUGCCCCUUCGAGCCGGGGCGCCGCGGCGGCGGGGCCGGCCCUGAGGCCCGGCUGGGCGAUUUCGUACAGAAGACCAGCAGCAACUCCUUCACUGUCCACCCCCGGGGCCUGCACCGCGGCGCGGGCGCGGGCGUCCGCGCGCUCCCCAACGGGCCCGAGGCCCCCGGUCCCCGGGCCGGCCCUGCCAACGGCCUCGCGGGCUCCCUACCUGGGCCGGGCGAGUGUAAGCCAAAGGCGGAGUCGGGGGAGCCCUCCCUCCACGCGCCCCCGUGCCCCCGGACCCCAAGUGCCACUCCAGCCGCGCCCCCUGCCUUCCCCGAGCCCCGUCCUGCCAGUGCCACUCCCAGCCAGCGCCAGUGGGUCUCCGCGGCCACCAGCGCCAACGAUUCCUUCGAGAUACGGCCAGCUCCCAAGCCAGACGUGGAGACCGUCCCCUCGGGGGACCUCCAGGCCCGGGCCCUGGCCAGCCUCCGAGCGAACUCGCGAAACUCUUUUGUGUUCAUCCCCAAGCGCAAGACUUGUGGGGCCCCUUCUCCCGAGGGGAGGCAGUCCGGGGAGCUGCGAAAGGGAGAGGUGGGCUUGGCCUCCCAGAGCCAAAGGCUGGGAGCCCAGCUGGUGCCUGGAGGGGAUGGCGCACCUGCUCUCGGGAAGAGCCCGUUGGGGGUUGAGGAGCAGGGUUGUCCCAGGCCAGCCAUCACUCUCACUGACCCGGCCGUUAGGCGGCAGAGGUCAUCCUCGCCACCCCCGUUCCUGCCGGCCACCGCCGAAGCCGAGCCUGCUGAGGGCUUCAGGGUUCCCGGCUUGGCCAAGAAUGGCCGGGAGCAUGGUAGGCCAGGGCUGCCUGUGACUCUCAUUGAUGAGGUGGACUCAGAGGAGGAAGCGCCCCAAGAAGCCAAACUGCCCUGCUCUGGGGAUGGUGCGCCUCCCCAGUACCACCCACACCCCGCCAGGCCUGGGCACACGUCAGAACUCCAGCACCGAGGCAGCAACACCUUUACAGUGGUGCCCAAGAGGAAGCCAGGGGCCCUGCGGGGGGAGCCCCUGCCACAGGAGGCCGAGGAAGAGGAGGCUGGUUGCCUCUCGGGGCCCCGGGCUGCUCUGGGGUCCACACUGAAGAAGCGCUACCCCACUGUGCAUGAGAUUGAGGUGAUUGGCGGCUACCUGGCCCUGCAGAAGUCCUGUCUCACCAAGGCUGGCUCCUCGAGAAAGAAGAUGAAGAUCUCCUUCAACGACAAGAGCCUGCAGACCACAUUCGAGUACCCUUCCGAGAGCUCCCUGGUGCAGGAGGAAGAGGAGGAAGGGGAGGAAGAGGAAGGGGAGGAGGAGGAGGAGGAGGAUGAGGAGGAGGAGGGUGAAUCCAUCUCAGAGAAGCCCUUCUCGCUGUUCCUGCCCCGGGCCACGUUUGUGAGUGGUGGGGGGCCCGAGAGCCCUCGGCUGCCAGACGGCAGUGCAGGCCUGUCCACCUACACCCCAAAGCACUCUGUGGUGUUUGGCAAGUGGCAGGAGCAGACCCCGGAGCAGGCCCCGAGCGAGGCAGAACCCCCACCCAAGGAGCUCAUGCUUACACCUGCCAGUCAGAACGACCUCACGGACUUCCGAAGUGAGCCUGCCCUCCAUUUCUGACCAGGACGGCCAAGGCUGAGCCCAGUGGGGGCCCCGGGAGCCAGGCCAUGCCCGGGAGCCCCCUACUUUACACCCUGACCCUUGCUGCCCUGCCCCACCCUGACCUCCUGGGUUCUCAUACCCGUGCUGGCCCUGGGAGCAGCCAGAGCUUCUCUUAUCACUGGGGCUGGGUCUCACCCCUGGCCCUGGUUUGGGGGCUCCAAGAAGAGCAGAGGCGGGGGAGGGCCAGGGUCCUGCAGGAUGGUGACCUGUCUGUGACGUGGUGGGGGCCUGAGCAGAUUCUCCACGAGGCUGUUCCAUCCUGCCCGCCAAGCCUGCCUCCCAGGGCAGUGGGGCAUGUCUGGGGUGAAGGCUUGUCCUGGCUGCCUGCUCCUGGCAGGACCCUAAGGCCCUUGUCCCCAGCCACAUUCCCUUCAUGGUGGAGCUCAGCUGCACCCUUUGUGCCUCUGACAACAGACUCAAUAAACAGCACUGACAAGGCCG